UUGAUUAAAAAUUCUGAUCUCAUGUGGAAACAAAGUGUUUGGACAUCUGUGAUUUCUGCCAAAUUAGCUGUUAAACAUUUGAAACAAGGAGGUUUACUGACAUUAACUGGUGCAAAAGCAGCACUUGAAGGAACACCUGGAAUGAUUGGUUAUGGUAUGGCUAAGGCAGCUGUCCACCACCUAGUGAAAAGUUUAGCAUCACCAAAUAGUGGAAUACCAGAAAAUGCUAAAACGUUAGCUAUUCUGCCUGUUACUUUAGACACACCUAUGAAUAGAAAAUUCAUGCCAAAAGCUGAUUUCUUAUCAUGGACACCUCUCGAAUUUGUUGCCGAAUUGCUGUUGAACUGGGCAACUGGAAAAGAAUGUCCAGCAAAUGGAAGUUUGGUGCAGCUCAUCACCAAGAAUAGUGUUACUGAAUUAAAGGACCAAUUUCUGUGAACUGAAGAAUUUUGAGGAAAUAUUAUAGCUUCACAUUGAGACGGCACCGUUAAACGUACCUUGUAAGGAUUAGAAAUAAUUGUUUCAUAAGAGAUUAACUACAUUAAAUGAGUUGCAUGUUCAUGUAAUUGCAUAUUUUUGUAUUUAGAUAAAUCAAAAUUUUCAGUUUUCAGGGAUUACAUUAGCACCUAUAAAAUAAACACUUGAAUGUAUUCAUAUCAUUGGUGUAUUGAAAGUUUUACUUUUGUUCUCUGAAUAACAGUUUUAAAUUUGUUAAUGCCUAGUAUGUUAAUAAAUCAAGUAAUGGAUAUAACACAAUUAAUUUGUGAUUUCUAAAUUAAUAUAAAUGGUUCAGUUUACAUAAAAUUUAUUAGUGAAGAUAUAAUAAAAUAUUUUCUUCUUUUUCCCUGUGAAUUUUGGAUCUCAGUGUGAUUUUGACUGAAGAAUUAGUCAGUAAUGCUACAUGUAUAACAGCAUAUAUGCAAAAUGUAUUGCUGUUGGUAAAAUGCAUUUUCUUCUUAAAAAAUCCUUUUUGAAUGAAUGUCAUAGAAACUUGGUUUAGUUUUGCAUUUUUUUUAUGAAACACUGACCAGUUAGUGAAAGUUAAGAGAUGGAUAAUUUUAUAAGGAGAGUUAAAGUGCUGUGUGAGUUGCUUGUAAGAAAGAAAAAUUAUAAAAUUUUCUUAGGCGUACAAAUAAAGGUUAAUUUAUGUGCUGUUUUAAGUAGCAAGUGACUGUUUAAAAAUAAUCCAAAAACUGAAAUUUUGAAUUGAAGCUGAAAAUAUAUUUAUUAUAGUUAUAUCUAAUAAACUAGUACCUAAAAACCUGAAAUGAUAGAAGAAAUUUAAAUAUAACUUAAGAACUAUGAGAGAUAAAAAUGCAAUAAAUUUCAAUUUUGAUAAUUGAAGAGCUAUCUGAAACAAAUCUUGUUCCUAUUUAUGUGUACUAAUUAUAUUAUUGAUCGAGCAAUUUUUAAAAAUUCUUUCAUAUCAAAAUAUUAUAAUGGCCUCAAAAUGUAUUUAAAUUUCUCUGUACCAUAUUGAUAUAAAACAUAUAAUGUAGACAUAAAUCAAUAUUUAUGUAAAAGCAUACUGUUUUGGACUGCUAAUUGGAUACUGGUUGUAAUGUAAUGUGCAGUAGAUGUAUAAAAUAUAAAUACAGCAAACCCUUGCUGAAUGUGAAGUUUAUGUCAUUAAUACACUGUGCAUAUGGCCUUCUCCAGAAUUAACUUUCUGUGGAAAAAGUGUGUUAAAUAUAAUUCAGAAUAAAAAAAGAUUUCUAGUUUAAAUAGACUCAAAUAUUUUAUUAAAAGGAAAAAACAAAAUAAAUUUUAACUGAAAGGAUUUUUAUUACUGCUUAAUAAGUAUACACAAUUGAUUUUUUUAAAAAAGCUGUUAAUUUUUGUGCAGGACAAUGAUUGACAGAAUUCUUUAAAAAAGGUUUUGUGGAGGUAUUGAUGAAUUUUCAGUGCUAUACUAAUAAUAUAACACAAUUGAUUUUUAAAAAAAGCUGUUACUGAAAGGAUUUUUAUUACUGCUUAAUAUGUAUAUCACACAAUUUAUUUUUUUAAAAAAGCUGUCAAUUUUUGUGCAGGACAAUGAUUGGCACAACUCUUUAAAAAAAGUUUCAUGGAGGGACUGAUGACUUUUCAGUACCUCUCGGAAAUUAUCCUCUUCUUUCUUUAUUUGGGUCAGUCUCCAUUGCAAAAAUCAAAUAGUUCCUUUUAAGAAUUCAUUUAACUUUUAAGUUAAAGGCACUUUAUCAUCAUCUUCAUGAUUUAUGCUUUUACUGUUGGCUGGUGUUCUUAGAUUAUUCAAUUCUUCAAUUUUCAUUUCUCACUUAAUUCUGACUUCUCCUUAUAUAUGAAAAUCCUUCACCAUCAUUUACUAUUACAGUCUGUACAAUUUCUUUGGUUUAAUUUUCAAUUGAUUGAAAUCUUUUUUAAUUCUCAAUGACUUCUGACUAGAGUCAAUGACAGUAUGCAUUCAUAUUGAUGAAUGAACAUUAACCCUUUCUGGCAUGCUACCUUUUAAAGUUGGAAUUUUGAUUUAAAAAAAAAAAAAGGUAGGCAGUUUAAUUAGGCCUAGAGGAGUGCACAAGUAAAAUUUUGUAAAGAUAGCACUUACAGUUUUAAUUCUGUGCGUGUGCCCGAAGCGGGGCACACUGAUAGUAUUCCAGCAUCGCUGGGAAGCGCAUGAAAAAGUAAGAGAUUUUGCCUACAAUUAAAAAACACUAGAUUCUGAAUACCAUAGCAGAUUUAGCAUUACCCAGGGUGUGCCACGGAGGGAUCUGCUACUCUGCACCCCCCUAAAAAGCUCAUUUUUGGUUAUAUGAUAAUUACAUGCUUAUGAAUGGGGGAAAAAAAGUAACUUGGGUAUAUGAUAUUUACCUUAUUUACAUUUUAUAUUUACACUUUAGUCUAUUUUUUUCAUUGUGGUACUUUUUGAAGAAAGUGACACUACCUUUGAAAAAGCACAACCCAAUAUUGCAUGUUUUGCACUUGUGCUAUGAUCCGUAUCAGAUUCACUAUCUGAAAGCAAUUCGUGUACCACAUUCAGUGCUUUAGAAAUUGUCAGCCCUCUCCGAACCAUUUGAAAAAUAAUUAAAAUCUGAAAAAAUAAAUAAUAUUAUAUCUACAAUUGAAUUUAAACUAUAAAAUAAAAUAAAUGUCUACAACUCAAAGCUUUUAAACAUUGCACUAAGAAAACUUCUUUGAACCAAAGUGAAAGAGAAAAAGAGAACUGUUCUAGUGAAAAACCAAACAGCUAACUGAUAAAAUUUUCCCUGAUCUUCAGAAAAUCAGUCCAAAAGAAGAAAGACAAAAACAGGAAAUGAAACACAGAUGUGGACCCACCUUUCUAUGUUAAUGAACUGACCGAUGAGCUGCAGAGAAACAAAGAUACAGCUGCCUCUCAGUGAACCCAGUCUGGAAACACUUCAGUUCGCCAUUCGAUUUUAAACAAGAUUUCAAGGUAAAAAUUUAAAACAGAUAUAGAAUAAGAAGAUUAGUAUACAGCCAAAAAAGUAACAUAGACAUUUCCUUCAACAUUCCUUUUAUACCCUAGAAAAAUCUGGAAGAUUUCUUCGAAAAAUGAGGGUCCUAAAAAAACUAAACAUGGCUAAAAUAUAUGGACUGGUUUGUGUUGAGCUGCCAUCUACUAUAAAUAAAGACGGUUCAGAGUAACCUGCAGUAACCUUCAAAUCCUUUUUCACUCAAUUUUUCUGUGCAUACAGAAGGAAAUUUUAGGUGACACAAAGGAUUAAACCACACAUGAAAUUCUAGCACUGGGACAAAUUAAAUGGACACAAAGUAAUGCCAAAUAGCAUUCCGCACUCAGCAAAGGUUUACUGUCUAGCGUUUACUAUGUAUAUUGCUUUUAUAAUGAUACAAAUAUUUGGCAUGAGUAUUCAUAUUCCUAUAAAAAUGUUGUAAUAAUAUUUUUUUAAACCUUUGCUAAUGUGAAAAAAAAUCAAAAGUAUUAUUUUAAUACAACAUAAUUUAUAUAAACUAAUAUGGCUGUCUAUUAUAAAAUAAGGGAAGCAAUAAUUAGAGCUUGAUUAAUAUUUUCAUUAAAACUUAUUUGAGAUAAAUACUAUUUGCUUUGAUACAUAGCAUUCAAAUUAUGUAAUGUUUCUAAGUCUGUAAUGAUUUUUUACAUUAAAUGAAAAAAUGAUGCAGAAGAAAGCUUGAUGUCUAUGGUAUUAAGUUAUACAUUAAUAAUUCUGCUGUUAGCAUUAACUGUAACAAAAAAAAAAUUAGUUAUUUCUGUUUUUAAUAGACAUUCCUAAAGAUAUGCAUGCCAUUUUAAUUUCUUGAUGGUAAAUGUUAUAUGCAUCUCUCAAAGUAAUAUUGAUGUUUAUAAAUGUUAAGUACAAACUAUGAUUUGCUCUGUUACUUCCAUGGUAUGUAACUCAAUUAUAAAAUUCUAUUAAACUGAACUGUAUUCAUA